GUAUCUGAGGUCUUAUUUGAUGAAACGUAUUCUGACGCGCAUAGGGAUAGCGUUAUGUAAAACAGUUUAUAUGAAUAAGGAAGUGACUCAAGUGGAAACUUAAAGGAACAGUGUAAAAUAGACUUUUCUGAAACGUCGAGUUUGGCUGGAGCUGCGGUGGAAAGAGGUUGGAGAGAGUGCAGGGUAGCAAACUCCUGUAAAGCUUUCUGAUUGUGCCGAGAGUUGCGCCAAUGGCGUACGACACAGCUUGCAACGACAGGAGUGGAGAUCCUGCUUGGGUCAUGCAUCAAAUGCAAGCGGGCUCUAAAUCGCAGUGGCCAUCACAUUUGAACUCCGAGAACAAUAACUGGAACGGCACCAUGGAUUCGACGCCAUACUCUGGAUAUCCCGCAAACUAUUGGUAUCCCCAGUCGACAGGGCCUUAUGGAAAUGCGUGUCCUCCAGGCACGGAGCCCAGUGGGCAACCCCCCUACCAGCCGAUGACAGCUUACCCCAAUGGCGUCUACAAUCCUGGACAAUACUCUGCAAACAUGCUCCAUCCUUCCAAUCCGUUCUACUGUGCUGAUCAAAUGCCACCCAGACAACCUCAUUACCACAAUCAAGGCUGCCCUGAACGAAGCGCAGGACAGCCAGCCCCACCACCCUAUCCUGUUCAACAUUGUCAAGGGGGCCCUGGUUACCAUCCAGGCUCUUACCAGCACUAUGGGGAGGGGGGUCCCACAAUGCCCCCCAAUCCUCCUUACCCGGGGCAGCAGGCCAUGCUCUCCAGACCGCAGCAACCAGAAGCCUGGCCUCAUUCUGGGGGCUAUAGCCCUUCCCCAGCCCCACAACAGCAAUGGCAGCCUGGAAACCAGACGCAGCACGGUCCCUAUGGCAACCAUGUCAGGCCUCCCCAUCCCCCACCGUGGCAAGGACCUGCCCCCCCUCCAUAUGAGCACAAGGACCAUCAGUUCUCUGGACAGCACCCACAGGCUCGGCCACAACCAAUGGGGCCCAAACCUCGACCCAACACGCCAAACCAAGCCCAGGGCAAGCCCACAGAGUUCAGUGCGCCCCCUCAACUUUACAAGUCGGGAGGUGGCAAGGUGCAGGAACCUAAACCAGCUCAAGCGGAGCCUCCUCCAGCGUCCAACCAAACCAGAGCUCCGAUUGGCCCCCAGCUGAGUGACAACCCCGGUCUGGCCCGCGUUCACCAGGUCCUGUUCAGGGCACAGCUGCUGCAGGAGGACGUGGAUGAGUUUGUGGGCAAAAAGACGGACAAAGGCUACCGGUACCUGGAGGAGCUGCUUACCAAAGAGCUUCUGGAGCUGGACUCAAUAGAGACCAAUGGCCAGGAAAUGAUCCGACAGAUGCGCAAAGAGGCUGUGAUGAGGAUCCAGGGUAUACUGGACCAGCUGGAGAAGAAGGCCUUCUGAUGCGAAAGAAAGAAAGAGAGGAAAAUGUGGAGCCCUGGAUUUUGAGGUCCUCUAUUUUUUCCAUUUCCCUUUUCUGUUGUCUGCAGGCAUUCUGCUCACUGUACUCCCUUUCCCCUUGCGCUUACUGUUUCAGUUGACGGCAUGAAAUAGAGAUGUGCAACUUGGGCCUUUUGUCAUCUCUUAGAAGCUUUCUUUCUUGAAGCUUACUUUCUGCAAAUCUAACACGGAUGAAAAUGUGGUACUUUGCAGUUGAUAAGGCUGGCUUAAUGCGCCAAAUGCGUAAUGAUUUCAAUAUCUUGAUGCUUAAGUCUUGAUGGAAUUAGAUCUUACUGCCUUUGCCCAUAAAUUUAGCAGGUCAUCGCAGACACCAACAUUUAUUUUCUAAUGAUGUGUUUUUUUUUUUUUUUUUCUGGCCAGAUUGAUCCCUGUUACAGUGAAAAUCUUGUUUGUUUUUACUGGACCAGCAUGUGUAACAUGCAGACAUUGCUGUGUCCGUCCUCUCCAAACAUUGGAGGUAGUGUUCACCUCCUGAUAUUUUUCCCAGCAUCCUUGGUUCUCUAUCUCUCUGAGACAAUUUCCUCUCCUGGUCUGCGUUUCAGACUGGGUGCUGAUGUACACUGGGAUCAUUUGGCCAAAGAAUUGUGCUUCCUGUUAAUCAGUGGGCACUUGCGUCUGCCCAAUGCUCUUAAUUCAAUCUGAUUAUGUAUAGUGUUUUCCAAAACUAUCAAGAGUUGGCAACAUGAUUCCUUAGAGCAAAUUUAUAGCAGUAGGGUCAAAGCCAUUUGCUACCAACCAGGAGAUUACGGUACCAUACUUUACUAAUAUUUGGAUUCUGAUGGUUCAGUUUGAGACUUGAGACCUGUCUCAUAUUGCAUCGGCAGUAAAAUAGACAACCUAUAAAGCAACAGAGAGAGAAGCGUGUAACUUAAAGAAUGAACCCUAUUCCAUCUCUACCCGUGUUCCCUCCUUGAUGUGCUUUUUUUGCGGUGACGUCAUGCUGUUGUUACUCUUUCUAAUUUGAAACUGUCCUUUGUAUCUUUUCUGCUCAUUCGUGUCCUUCACAACAUGUUUGUGAUGAAUGCCUUUUUCUCUCCUGUGAUUUUUACUGACUUCGCCCCUUCCAUCUACAAACUCCUACUACAUCAUCUGGAAUGUUUUAGUUUUUUUUGCACUUGAACAGAUGAUGCAGCCUGAUUCAGAGACUGCCCCGGCACAGCCUUGAAGUAAACACCUGUUGGUGCCCUUUCUAAUAUGGUUUCAUAUCUGUUCAUUUCUCAAAUUACUCUUGGAAGUUCUCUGCUGGAGUCCCUAACACAUCGUAUUGAGAACUUUUAGUGGUCAGAAAAUAGGACGUGGAUUUGUUCCGAAGAGUAAAGAUAUUUAGACCUCUUGAUGAGGUAUAUACAUGUAUGUAUGUAUGUAAGGCUUUUUUUCUUUUUUUUUAGAGAAAACACCUGUGUAAACGUGUACUAUAUAAAUCUAUAUAUAUAUUCAUCAUUAACAUGAAAGAAAAGGGAGAGGUUUGUUACAUGGCCCUUUUCAAAGCAACCAGACAACAGUACCUUUAACAUCACACUUUGCACCAAAGUCACCUCCUGGCCACUUUCUGCUGGUCUUCUUCCGGAUCACAAGCAUAUCUGCCCUGUUUCUCUUUAUGAAAGAUUUGUGCCAUAAUAGCAGCAGGUGCUUUUAUAAAUGUCCAACAGGAAAAAAAAAUCCCUCGAGAUGUGCAUGGACAGUAAUAUUGGAAUUGUGUUGAUCAUUGUGUUAUUUCUCUCUAAUCCUGUAAAUAAUAUCUCUCCCUAUCAGACUGAAAUGAAUACGUAUUUACACUUUACAUGCAACAUGAGAGAUAUAUUUGUAUAAGGUAGAACACACAGAAAUCCUAAGGACCAACAAUCUGCCUGCAAUUGUUUCUAUCUGUAAUGCAUGGUUUUGACCACACAAGGGUGCUGUUUCCCUAUUGGGUGUAGGGGACCAGCAUUGGCGGUGAUUCACAUUAAAUCUAUCAGGACAUUGUUAA